GCACGGCACCGCACCGUAUCCUGUGCCGCGCAGGUUCCCGCGUUCCUCUUCUUCCUGGCCCCGCCGCUUUCCUCCUCUCCGCCGCGGGCCGGCAUGGGGCUGCUGUCACAGGGCUCGCCGCUGAGCUGGGAGGAGACGCGACGGUACGCGGAGCACGUGCGGAAGCACGGCAUCCUCCAGUUCCUCCACAUCUACCGCGCCCUGCGCGACCGUCAUAAGGACGUCCUCAAGUGGGGUGAUGAGGUGGAGUAUAUGUUAGUAAAAUUUGACCAUGAGAAUAAGAAAGUGCGCUUGGUGCUCUGCGGUGAAGAAGUUCUUCAAACACUUCAAGACAAGGGUGAGAAGGUAAACCCCAACCACCCGACACUCUGGCGACCAGAAUAUGGAAGCUAUAUGAUUGAAGGGACACCUGGGCAGCCAUAUGGGGGAACCAUGUCUGAAUUCAACACUGUGCAAGACAACAUGAGGAAAAGACGGCAAGAGGCUGCUUCUGUGCUCAAAGAAAAUGAGGCUGUUUGCACUGUGACAUCAUUUCCAAGGUUAGGGUGUCCUGGGUUCACGCUGCCAGAAUAUAAGCCAACACCGGUAGAAGGAGGAGCUUCAAAAUCCCUCUUUUUUCCAGAUGAAGCCAUCAAUAAACAUCCUAGAUUUAGUACUCUGACCAGAAACAUUCGGCACCGAAGAGGAGAGAAGGUUGUGAUAAACGUACCAAUAUUUAAAGACAAGAACACCCCAUCACCAUUUAUGGAAACAUUUCCUAACGAUGAUGGAGAAGCAGCAAAGGCAGCAAAGCCAGACUAUAUAUACAUGGAUGCUAUGGGGUUUGGAAUGGGAAACUGCUGUCUUCAGGUAACAUUCCAGGCUUGCAGCAUUUCUGAAGCAAGGUAUCUUUAUGAUCAGCUGGCCACAAUCUGUCCCAUCGUGAUGGCAUUGAGUGCUGCAUCUCCAUUCUACAGAGGCUACGUGUCUGAUAUUGACUGUCGCUGGGGAGUAAUCUCUGCAUCUGUAGAUGAUCGAACACGAGAGGAGAGGGGGCUAGAGCCACUGAAGAACAACCAUUAUAGAAUCAGUAAAUCCAGAUAUGAUUCCAUAGACAGUUAUCUAUCUGAAUGUGGUGAGAAAUACAAUGACAUUGAUUUGACAAUAGACAAAGAUAUCUACGAGCACCUGAUAAAGGAAGGUAUUGACCACCUUUUGGCACAGCAUAUUGCACACUUGUUCAUUCGAGACCCCUUGACUUUGUUUGAGGAGAAAAUACAUCUAGAUGAUGCAAACGAAUCCGACCAUUUUGAGAAUAUUCAGUCUACAAACUGGCAGACAAUGAGGUUUAAGCCACCUCCUCCAAAUUCAGAUAUUGGAUGGAGAGUGGAAUUCAGACCUAUGGAGGUCCAGUUAACAGACUUUGAAAACUCUGCAUAUGUUGUCUUUGUGGUAUUACUAACCAGAGUGAUUCUGUCAUAUAAACUGGAUUUUCUCAUUCCGUUGUCCAAGGUGGAUGAAAAUAUGAAGGUGGCCCAGAAAAGAGAUGCUGUCCGGCAGGGAAUGUUUUACUUCAGAAAAGAUAUUUGUAAAGGUGGAAAUGCUGUUGUGGAUGGAUGUGGCUCUGCACAGAACGGGACAGGCACCAACAUGGAGGAAUACACCUUAAUGAGCAUUGACACAAUUAUCAAUGGGAAGGAAGGAGUCUUUCCUGGUUUGAUCCCAAUUUUGAAUUCCUAUCUUGAAAACAUGGAAGUGGAUGUGGACACAAGGUGCACCAUCCUAAACUACCUGAGGCUAAUAAAAAAGAGAGCAUCUGGGGAACUAAUGACAGUGGCUCGCUGGAUGAGGGAAUUUAUCGCACAGCAUCCAGACUACAAGCAAGACAGUGUGAUCACUGAUGAGAUGAAUUACAGCCUCAUUUGGAAGUGCAACCAAAUUGCACAAGGCCACGCAGAGUGCCCUGAACUAUUGGGGGUAGGAUUUAAUAAGAAACAAAGUGGAAACAAAACUGGCUCUUUGUAAUGAAUUGAGGUUUCUUUAAUGAUAGAACGUGUAAGCCUUUUAGUGAAACACUAGCAAAGAUACUGUGAAUCUGGUACAGUUUCAUGGUGCGAAGACCAAAACAGGGAUACUGCACUAAAAAAUGGGCCAAUCUGCCUACAUACUCAUUCAAGGCAUCGAAAAUGGGCAUAUUCUUAUUGUCAAGGUUUAUACAAUGUAUAUGUAAAUAGUAAAAUAUUUUUAUGAUUAACAUCAAUGUAUUUUAAUAACGCUGUAUCUAAAGUUAUUGUGAAUUAGCUUGUAACUUUUUUAUGCUUAUUCUAGAAAGAAAAAAAUUGAACAGCCUUGUAAAUUUAAUGGUACUUGUAUAUUAUAUGCAUUCCAGUUACUGAAUGUUUACUGUAAUUUUUUAACCUGGAAUGUGCUAAGUAAUCUACCGUAUCGUGUAAGAAAAACAAAACAACAACAAACCACAAACAAAAAUCCCAACAAGUCUGCUGGAUCUACCUGAAUUACAGAUACUUUUUCUUUCCCUUUGGGUUUUGAAAGUAUAUAAGAACAGACAAAUGCACGUGCAUCUCACUUGUUAAUCUUUAUAGCAGUUUCUCAGUUGCCACAAGACCUGCAUCCAUCUGCUCUUAAACUGCAAAACUUGGAGGAGCAGGUCUGUCCUAUUCAGAUAACCUGCUUGUCUCCUGGUAACUGAACUUAGGAAAGGUCUGCCGUCUUCCU